UAUCAACAACAACAAUAACAAUGUUUACAAUGAAAAUUUCAAUUUUUUUAAUGGCCACAAUGGUCCAUCAUCAUGUGACCGUUUAUGGAUCGCCAUUAAAUAAUGAUGAUAAUAAUAAUGAAUCGACAAUUUUUAAUCCAUUCAUAAACGAUGACAUUAUUGAAGAAUUGAAUGUUGAUGAUAAUCCAUAUUUAUGGCAAAUGGCAGCAUUUGCAUCAAGACAAAUGUCCGAUAAACGUAUUAAAUAUAAAUUAAUGACAUUAACAGCUGCUGAAAAAAUUGAUUCAAUUUAUCGUCUUCGUGUUACAUUGAAACGAAUCAAUAAUAAUGAUGAUGUUGAUGCUAAAAAUAAUGUUUUAUAUUGUACGGUUGAAGUGAAUGCCAUGAACGAUGGUCAACAAUGGGAAAUGGAAAAUUUUGGCUGUACAAUUCCGGCAGUAAUACGUAUACGUGAUCGUAAUAUGGAAAAAUCAUCGUCAUCACCAUCAACAUUCGUAUCCAAUUCAGUGGAUAAAAAUGUUGAUUUAAAAACAACAAAUGAAGAAGAAAAACAAAACAACAACAACAACAACAACAACAAAAAACAUCAACCAUUGAAUAAUGUUAUUUCGAAUGAAAGAAUUAUCGAUACAAUCGAUAAAUUGAGAGAACAAAAAUUACGACAAACAUUUUCACCAUUUCUUUAUAGGCAACAUAUAUUUGCUACUACUAUGCCACAACAAACGAUAAGCUAUUAUCAACCACGGCCAACAUAUAGCUAUCAAGAGGUUCGUCCAAAUUAUCGUUUUUAUUAUUAAAUUCACCAAAA